ACCCCCGGGGCCCCUCCAGAUGAUCCAGGCGUCUCUUCGUGCUCGUCAUUGCGCUUGCCAGGCACAUUCACAUUCACGCCAUCAUGGCGGCAAAAGGCCCUGCAUCAGCUGCAGGCUAUCCACCUAUAGCUUUCACGCCGACGCAUCACCACGCAAAGAACGGUGAGUGUCCGAAGCAGCAUGCACGACAAGAAUCAAGAACGCGACGCGGGCACUCACAACUCGCGACUGUCCGAUCCGACGAUACGACGCAUCGCCGGCAGCUACUGCACAUCAGUAUGAAGCAGCUGCAGCUUGUCGUGCUCACAAGAACUAGAAGUGCCUGGCUCACUCUUCUCGGAGCAAGUGUGAGCGGGUGGAUAUACCCCAAGGCACACUUGCAUGCUAUCGGACCGACCAUAGAUUCGUGUCUCACUUUCAGCGACGAUCAAGUGAUUCAAGCCCUCAUUCCGGACUGCCAGCACGCCACCUCGCGGGCGAAACAAUCACGAACGUGAACGCGCACCAUUCUACCCGUGAUUCAGCCACUCGAUCGUUCAGCGCCCAAAUUUCCACACUGGCGUAAAUGUCGUCGACAACUGCUACGCCUCUUGAGAGAUGACCUCGUCACAUUCGUGAUUGAUAAGCGUGAAUGACAAAUCGUGACUUGACGUGACGUGACGUAGCUCCAGACUUGCCGGUCAGUCGUGGUGCGUCGCACGGAAAAGUGGAGAGGACAGAUGCGUCACACACAAUGGCAGCCUGAUUGAUCGCAUGGCGUAAGCGACACAAGCUUACAGAUCCGAGCGCAAAGUCGAAACACUAUCACGACAGCCACGU